GUCUUCGAAAGCAGAUGAUGGCUCCAGGUGAACGGAAGAAAUACUGACCAAUUUAUUUUCAAAAUGUCGGUGUCGGACAAUACAGAGACAAUUGACGGGCUUCCCAAGCAGUUUGUUUCAUCUUUGAGGAUACUAUUUGAGAUUUUGGACGAGGGUCGGAGUGGAUAUGUUCGUUUGUGUGACAUCGAGUCGAGGUGGAGCGAAAAUGGAGUCAAAGGCUUACCCACAGGUGUCGUCGAGGCUUUGAGAAAAGUCACCCCGUCUGACGGUUUAUUGAGCUUUAGUAAGUUUGUGUCCGGUUUGAGAUUAGCGUUAUUGAAAAAUAAGCCUCUCAUAAACCACGGCGGAAAGGAGAACCGCGGCCCCAGUCCCCACAUCCCAAGGGGUGACGCCCCUAGAGGGAGGGGGGACGCACCCCAACGAGGACACUCACAACCCCCUCCCCAAACCACGAGGGGGUACACGUCUCAGGCCCCAACUGCAACUGCUACAGUUAAACCUAACAAUGCCGCUAAUACGAAUUUUAGAAGGGGCUAUGGACACCCAUCUCAUAGCGAAAAUAUUUAUAACAGUACACACGAGUUGUACCGGGUGCCUCCCCGACCCGAGCGGCCCUCACAGUAUAGGAAAUCGGGGGAUUUGGCACCCCCAGACGUACCACCGAGGGAGAAAUCAAAAGGGGGGCGUGUGUUGAAUGAACUUAAAAACUGGCAGCGAGAACGUUCAAGUGCGAGUGCUGAGCCCAGAGAUCCGAGAUUACAAACCAACACAGACAAAGUAGCAUCUACUAACAGCAGAGUCGACCAGUAUGCUAUUUAUGCUAAAGAUCCUACCUAUGAGGUAGCUCCAGAAAGAUUAAACCGAGCCAACAUUGAACAGUUUCAACGAAAAAAUGCUGAAGAGACCAGCAAAUCAUCCGUCCACCCCUCUGUCCAGUCAAGCUCCGCCCUUCAGUCAGCCGAUCCACCACAGAAACCGGUGCGCAGGCAGAACUCGGCUCGAAGACAUACGCUCUCCAGUGGCCUCGACUAUAAUGCUAUCAAGAGGAUGAAGCAGUUUGAGGAGGAGCGAGACAUGCUGCUACAGGGGCUGGAGGCAGUGGACACAGCCCGAGAGUGGUACCGCAAACAGAUCUCUGCCAUACAGGAGAAGCAGAAAUACCUCGGCAAGGCCACGCUUAAUGAACACUCGCUGGAGGCCCACCAGGAGCGGAUGAACUUCCAGAAGGCCAGGAUUGUGGAGGUGAACCAGCAGCUGCGGACCCUCACAGACAGCUCAGAGAAGGGCUUUCCACUUCACAUGAACCUGGCCAUGGGUCCGUCGCCCAACCUGCACAUGAACAACAACUCUCUCAAGAUGCUCAAAGACCAGAACCGACAGCUCACCAAGGAGGUGAGUCAGAAGAGUGACAAGAUAACUCAGCUGGAGCAGGAGAAGUCCACCCUCAUCAGGGAGCUGUUCGAGUCCCGCUCCAAACACAAGACUAACUACGAUGACACAACGUUCAUGUAGACAACACAGAACAAGUCAGCAUCCAUCAACCGCUGACAUUCAAGGAACUGUUAGGACUCAUUUGUAAUCAUUUCUUCAAGGGUUGUGAUCAUGCAUAUUAUUUGCAGGAUAUAAAACAUGCAUCUCAAGUACUAAACCUACUGAUCCUAUUUAAUAGGUGAGACAA